AUGGUACUAGUGUCAGAAACUUCUCAUCUCUAUAAGAAGGCCUUUGUGUUUCCCAAAGAGUCAGAUAAUUCCUACGUAUCCCUGAAAGCACAGUUAAAGGAACCACUCAAAGCCUUCACCGUGUGUCUCUAUAUCUACUCAGAGCUGGCCGUGUCCCGUGGUUAUAGUGUUUUCUCUUAUGCCACCAAGGAAAAACCUAACGAGAUCCUCAUAUUUUGCUCUAAGUGUAGAGCAAAAUAUGAGGAUCUCUUGCAGUGCAUGAGACUUCAGUACUAUAAUACUUCAGUAUUAUUCAAGAGUCCUGAAAACACCCAAGCUCCAACACACAUCUGUGCCAGCUGGGAGUCUGUCUCUGGGAUUGCAGAGUUCUGGGUGGAUGGGAAGCCGAUGGUGAGGAAGAGUCUGGAGAAGGGAGCCUCUCUGGGGACAGAGGCAAGCAUCAUCCUGGGUCAGGAGCAGGAAGUUGCUGGGGACUAUUAUAAAAACCAGUGUUCAGUGUGAGACAUUGGAGAUGUAAACAUGUGAGACUUUGUGCUGUCUCCAGAUGAGAUUAGCAGUGUUUAUGUUGGUGAGACCUUCAGUCCUAACGUCCUGGACUGGCAGCCGCUGAAGUAUGAAGCACAUGGUGAGGUGUUCGUCAAGCCUCAGCUGUGGCCCUGAGGCCAUGCCGUGGUCCUGGAGGUGCUUCCUGGCAAUUACACCUUGUGGUUCUGGACCUUCCCCACCCCCUAUACACAUACUGCAGGCUUGCCCUGUGAACACAGGCUUCUGCUUCCCUGCUCUACCUUCCUCAACACCAGAGAUGGAAUUUAAGUGUCUGGCUAGGCAGAUUGUGAGUUACAUUGGGAAAUUUUGUCUAGCAGGAUCAGGAUUGCAGGUGCUUUGUGUUUUGCUAUUUUUUUUUAAGUUGAAAAGAUCUUAGAGAUAAUCCCUUACCCUCACUCAGAUGAGAACAUCAGGACCCAGAAAGGAGAAGUGAUUUUUUUUUAAAAGUCACAAGGUGAGUCUUUCUCUGAGCUGAGAAAGGAGUCUGGUCUCCUAUCUAAUUUCCUACUCAGGACCCCCCAGAAAGUAGGAAGGACUUGCCCGUAAUCACAGGGCUCUUCAGUCUCAGAGUUAUGACACUGGCCCAGGUUUUCUGAAAUGGGAAACCUAGUGGUGCAGUUCCUCCACUUUCUCAAAGUACCCUGGAAGGAAAAUCAGAAUGGCCCUAGUAGAGAAGACCUAUCUUUUUUCAUAGACAAAGUGGGGCAUCUAGAUAGAGUUACUUUAAUUAUUAUUGCCAAGGGCUUUCAUAACCAUGUUUUUUUUGCUCACAGUGAUUUCUUAAUUUUGUAGUUCUUUUGGGAAAAUAUCAAACUCCACAUGAACCACAUGGGACUGUGAAUCCCCACCUGUUUCCACAACAUACCCAGGCCACAGAGUGGGUGUGACCAAGGCUAUCCUAUCAGAGUAGCUCAACCCUGUUUGAGAUUGGGGGGGAUGGUUACAUGUUCCUAGCAGGACCAAUUAUAAUCUUCCCAAAGACCGAUUUAUGAACUUUGGGAGUGAGACAUCUUCUUUCUGCUGGAAUUCCAAGCUGAGAGUAUAUUAACCUGAGACUGCCAGCAGCCAUCUUUUUUACCGCAUGGAGAAAUACUAUGAGGAAAGAAGCCAAACUGGGACCAGCAGAGCCGAGGGAUUGGCAGAGCAAUGGACCCUUGACUGCACUGUUUGAAUUUCUGAAUCAGCUUUGACUGGAACCAGAUCUAUACCUGGACUUCCCAAG